AUGGGUGCCGAACCGAAUCCAAUUAAAUCAGCUACAGGAAAUAGCCUUCUCCAGGUGUUCGCCUUGGAUGAACAACGCGAGAGUGCAGCUGUAUUUCUUACAGACUUCGCCAAAUUGGAUUACUUAAAUAAGAAUUUGAAACUUAGAGACAGCUUUGGAAACACCGGAUUUGCAUCCGCUCUAGACACUCGAAAUCACAAGGCGGCGCAACGCAUUUUAGAGCGACUUCCAACUGCAGCUGAGCAAAUGGAUCAACUAGGCCGUAAUUUUUUGCAUUUGGCUAUUAUAAAAGAUGAUUUGGAAACCGUUCUGUUGUUAUCUAUUCAAGUAGACAUUAAUUCUCGGGUUCAUGAUGUUAAUCAGUCAACGCCCUUACAUUUAUCAGCUGCAUCACAAGUUGAAAUGAUAAUUAGAAAUCUCAUAUUAGCUGGUGCUCGUUUAAAUGAGCGUGAUGCUUUUCAAAAAUUGCCCCUACACAUUGCAAUUGAACACGGCAAUCUUUCUGCAGUAUGUGCUUUAAUUCAAAACGGUGCUGACUAUGACGCAACUGAUGCUGAUGGAAACAAUGCUCUACACCUAGCUGUACAUGGCGGUCAGUUUUUAAUUGUAGGCGAACUUUUAACAGAAUCAAGAGUAAAUGCAGAGGCAAGGAAUUUAAGAGGUAGAAAUCCAAUGCAUGAACUUUGUAGAGUUGUGAAAGAUAAUACAGCAGGAACCAUUUGCGAAUUAUUUUUAGAAUGUAUGCCAAAAUACCCAAUAAACACCCCUGACCUUGAUGGAAAUAAAACACUUCUGCUAUCCUUUAUGCGUGGUCAAUCGCCACUCUGUAAAGUACUGGUAAAAGCAGGAGCGUGUCUUGCCACUGAAAAUAGGGAAGGUAUAAAUAUUUUUAAUUUCAAGUUGGCUACGGAUCAACUUCUUCACAAUUUGUUAGACAAACUGCCACAGGAAUCACCUUGGUCUGAGUCUGAUUUAUGCCAAGAAUGCAAUAUAAAAUUUACAAUAACCAUGCGGAAACACCAUUGUCGCCAUUGUGGUCGUGUUUUGUGCUCCAAAUGUUCCAGCAACGAUGUACCGAUUCUAAAAUUUGGAAUCAAGAAUCCAGUCAGAGUUUGCUCCGUUUGCUUUUAUGUCCUGCAUUGUGGAAAUGUAACAGUGUUAUGA